CCUCAUUGAUUAAUGUUAUCUCUGUAAAGUGAAGCAUGGAUUCUGAUCCUGGUCCCAGGUUUCGAUUCUUUUCCUCUCAAAUCAACCCAAAUUUGCCUUCCUCCUCAAGCUCCACCGUGAAUUGCACACAAAAUUCCAGGAAGAAACGAUCCAGAGUGAUAAAGAUUGAUGCUGGUACGAGUUCUGGCGCUGUUUCCAAGCCUAAAUAUCCCAAGAAACCUGACCCUGGUGCACCCAAGAUUACCAGGCCUUGUACUGAAUGUGGAAAGAGGUUUUGGUCAGAGAAGGCACUGUUUGGACACAUGAGGUGCCACCCUGAGCGGCAGUGGCGGGGAAUUAACCCACCUCCGAACUACCGCCGCCCCAUUUCUCCGUUUAAUCAGAUAAAUGAUGUGGAGACCUUGAUGACAGAAGAGGAUCAGGAGGUUGCAGCAUGUUUGUUGAUGUUGGCCAAGGGAGCCAAUGCUAGUGACCAGAGUGAGUGUGGUACAAGUUCCCAAAAUGGGGUAGGGGAAAAUUGUGUUUUUGGGGGAAAUUCUGGUGUGAAUUACCAGGUCGAUUACUCGAGUUGCAAGAAGGUUUUUGGAUCACACCAGGCCUUGGGAGGGCACAAGGCUAGUAACAAGAAAAUCAAGGGUUGUUUUGCCAUAACAAGAGGUGAUGGUGGAGAUUUUUAUCAAGAUCAAAGUGGGGAUGAUGAUGGGUUAAUCAAGGAGAAUGUGGAAGAGGAUAACAAGAUGAUGAUGGUUUUGGGUCACCAAUGUAGCAUUUGUUUCAGGGUUUUUUCUAGCGGUCAAGCCUUGGGGGGGCACAAGAGGCGCCAUUGGGAGAAAUUGGAUGAAGCAUCACUGAACCAAGGGCUGAACCUUCUUGCAGCCAAAGAGGGUUUUGGUCUGGACCUGAAUUCGCCAGCCCCAGUUGAAGAUGGUUCAUCUUAUUCCCCAGGCUUCACUUUGGAUCUGAGGUUAGGCCUUUGAAGAAAUAUCAAAUUCAUUCAUCUUUGUUCUUUGCUAAAAUUGUGUUAGUAACGUAUCAGUAUGUAUGUGACAUGAAACCUAGGAUUAGAAAAUAUGUUAUGUAUAUGUGAUUUGGAGAUUUGUUGGUGAAUGUAUUUUUAUUGAAAUUAUUUCAUGUUAAUAAAAUCUUUUAUUCCAU